GGUAGGUGCAGCAGGUGAGGCUUCAGGGUAGAUGGUUGUCGUGACUGCCGCCACGUUCGUCAUUCAAUGGCAUUUAGCGAUUUAGAGUUGGAAAAUCUUUACAACGUGCAACUGUCAACUACCCAACUGCAUAACUGGAUCUUACAUAUUACAUAUUUGACCAAAUAGCCACAGUUCGUCUAAUUCGUCUAUUCUUUAUUCUCUACCUACCGCUAUUCAUAACACAAUCGCCACCAAAUUAGCAUGGUUCGACACAAGAAAGACAAAUUUUCUUCGAGAGGCGGGAAAGGUCACGGAAAUCGACCUCGACCGCGCCCCGCCGACGAUGAUUCCGAACAAACCUCUUCUAAACCCGCCUUUAAAGCUGCUUGCUGGGACCUAAACCACUGCGAUCCGAAGCGAUGCUCGGGAAAGAAGCUUAUAAGACUCGGUCUCAUGCGCGACCUCCACCUCGGCCAGAGGCACAAUGGCGUCAUCAUCACACCUAACGGAAAGCACAAGAUCUCUGCCGCCGACAAAGAACUGAUGGAGCAAUACGGUGCUGCUGUGGUCGAGUGUUCGUGGGCGCGGACGGGAGAGGUUCAAUGGAAUAAGGUUGGAGGAAAAUGCGAGAGACUGCUGCCAUAUCUGGUCGCAGCGAACACCGUCAACUACGGCAAACCCCUACGCCUGAACUGCGUCGAAGCCUUGGCUGCUGCUUUCUACAUAUGCGGGCACUCCGAUUGGGCAGAGGAAGUCUUGCGGCCGUUCAACUACGGAGAGUCUUUCUUGAACAUCAAUUCGAAGCUGUUGAAGAAAUACGCCGCCUGCGCCGACGAAGAGGAAAUCAUCCAGACCGAGAAGGAGUGGUUAGAAAGGCUAGAACGCGAACAUGCCGAGAGCAGAGAGAACGCAGAUGACGACGACUUAUGGAAGGGCGGUAACGUCAAUCGCAGGGAGAUUAUCGACUCCGACGACGUAGAAGACGAGGAUGGGAGCGACGACGACGGUAAGGGGGAAGAUGGGGACGACGACAGCGUUGACGGAAUCUAUCUUGGCAAGAAGCCGACUCAAUGGCCAAAACUGGGGGAGAACGCAAAGGAUCAAUCAGAAGGAGGAGCGAGCAGAGAUCCUUUUGAUAUUUCGGACGACACCGACGACGAUGCCGAAAUGGAGGAAAUUCGACGCAAGGUUUUAGCGUCCAAGCCGUUCGCCAACUCAGACGACAUCGACCAGAAGCCGAAGCCGCAGGCGAUACCUCCGCCACAGCCGCAAAAGUAUCAAGUCGAUUCUGACGCGGAACCGGACUCCGACAACGGAGAGGAUGACGAGGGCGACGAUGCGUUCGAUAAUAUUAUCGACGCGACCCCUAUCACAGAUAGGAUUGGACUAGCCAAACUUGAGAAAGAGAAGUCGAAAGCGACCAUUAUGAGCCGUACAUUUACAUCCGGCGGAGCGUCGGCACCCAAGAGAUGGUGAGCAGAUAACAAUUUUAGGAGUUGUAUCUGGAUAAGCAUCAUCUCUAUUAUAUGAUUAAGCUUCCGCUCAUGUCGUGAGCAUUUUGUUUUGGGCCCGCGUA